AUGGAUUCAGGCAGGAAGCUUCCUGAAAACCCCGCCCGAUGGACUGAGUGGGCAGAGGAGGAAGACGUUCGUGGCAAACCAAUCCACGAGGAGAAAUUAUCUUCUGCCUCUAAGAUCACACUGCGUCAGUACUUGCUUCUGCGUGUCCUUUGGACGGGACCAUUUAAGAAGUUGGAUUACCAGUGGCUUGACCUGGAAAGGUGGAUGAAGCAAGCCGAAGAGAUGCUCGAGUCCCACCACUCCUGGAAGGUCUACCUCGAUAGCUUCGGUGGCAAGCCUGGGGAGGGCAAUUUCUUCUUAGUUACAACAUCGCAGGCCGAUGCAGCAAAUGUUAAGAGCGAAGAAAUCUCCCAAGAUGUCAUGUUCUCGCCAAUUUCCAAGCACACGCGCCAGAAGUCUCGUGAAAGACGUGAGCAGAAUCAAACGCCAACCAAGUCGAUCUCUUCUUCUAUCGGACGACUUGCCCUAUAUGAUAAGUCUACUGCGCCAGCCACCCCGAUAGUGGACGAUGAAGACGAAACAUCCUCCGAACCAGAACCCAUGUCAACGGGAUACUCUCUGGGCCCUAAGGAGAUCCGACACGAGAUGUACCCCAAACUCGAGGACGAGCAAAUCGUCAACAUUGCCACGAAGCAACUGAAAGCCAAGUUCAAGGAUGCAGAGUACGAGGCCAGGACAGAUGGAUAUCUUCGAGGGAAAGCCCGUAAGGAGGUGCGCGCCUUGAUCGAGGUCAAGGCACCCCUUCGGGAGAGCAGCCAGGCAGAAAUCCGUAUGCAGGAGAGUGCGCAGAUGGUCGCAUGGCUCAAAGAGAGCCCCCAUGCUCCCAAGAUGCUUCCAUUCCGGCGUUUCCAUGUAUCACAGGACCGCCACGAGAUCUGGCUGAGCUUCGCAGAGUACGAUAGGGAGUACAUCAAAUACAUUGAGGAUGGAUCUCAAAAUCCCAACCGCCCUCUAUCGUUUUUGACUAUGCACGAGUUCGGACCCUUCAACACCCUCAAAAAAGAGCAUAUGGCCAAGCUUGGACCUAUCCUGCUCGCGCUCACCUUGCGCGCCGACCAUGAUCGCCGAGAAGAGCAGGGGAAACCUCAACCAUUGUGAUUUGACUGGUAGAGGGUGGGUGGGAGAUGAUUCAGGGACUCAGAAAUACAGAAAAGUUUUGUGAGACGGAAAGGUCCAAUUAGAUCAGCUUCUAGCCUGAGAGGUUGGCACAUUCCA